GGUUAGGAUUAACAAACAUAUGCAAAAAUUGUUACGCUACGUCCACUAGAAGUACGUUAGGUACGAAGCUACACGAGACCCGUUUUUUCUGAUACUGCGAUGGUGCUAGGCCUUUGCGAAACUCAAUAUUUCAGAAGUUGUAACACAACAUCGUCAUCAUGUCUGCAUGUAGGCUACAGUCAGACAAUAUUCAGAUAUUGGUAUGCUGCGGUACUUCUGUUCUAGAUACAGAGAUAACUUGGUACGGUGUUCUGGUUUUAGGAAUUUAUUUGACAAAACAAUUUUUUUUCACAUCAACUCAAUUUAGAAACUUUGAACUACCUACUGAUCUAAGAUACAGAAAACUUAUAUCACUGUAAGACAGUAAGAAGAUUGUACUUAACCCUUGGGAUUUUUGUGCAUUCAGCGUUAUUACAAACAAUAUAAAUACUACAGGUUUCAUAAGAUUCGCUGAUACUUCCGUACUAGUCGUAGUACUUCUUAACUUUCAAGAACAAACUCAGAACAAUGUCUGGCAUAUUAGACAACUUUCAAUGUCCAAGUUGCGAAUGUUGUGAAUUGGGAGAAAAGCGAAAUUUAGUGGCCUCUAUAGCUGCUGGAGCUCUAUUUUUCACUGGUUGGUGGAUCAUUAUUGAUGCUGCCGCUUUCUAUGAUGCAACCGAGAUGGAUCAUGCAGUACAUGCAUGUGGUGCAGUUGGAACUGUUGCUUUUUUCAUGAUAAAUUCAAUUUCCAAUGGACAUAUUCGUGGAGAUACAUACAAUGAAGGAUGUUUUGGUACACUAGCAGGAAGAAUAUGGUUGCUUAAUGGUUUUCUUCUUGGAUUUGGGGCACUCAUUUCUUCUAUGUGGAUUCUUUUUGGAGUGUAUGUUGUUCCAGGUGCAGCUAAUCCUUACCCAGGUAUUGCAGUUUUUCUUCAGAAUGCUUUAAUUUUUUUUGCAACCAUGCUUUUCAAAUUUGGACGAACAGAAGAUCUUUGGGAUUAGAUUAAAUACGCUGUGAUACUUUUAUUAAAUACAACGGUACCUGUUACAAAUCGUGCAAAAUGAACAAUAUGUCCCCAAAGUGAAUUUAUGAAAGAUGAAAACAAAUAGACAAUGCUGAUCCAGCUUUGGAAGGUUAAACUUUGUAUUCUUGAUUCGCUUUUAAAUUUUUAUACAGCAUUUUUCCACACAAUGCCUAGUCUGCUUGUAUCUCUUGCAAAUUAAAUUGUAAUAUUAUCAAUGAAAUUUACUUUUAGAUUGGGGUAGGUUGGUAGGUGAAAGUAACACUUGGUACUUUGAACAAAAUUUGUGUAUAAAGUUUCAAUUAUCAUAUAUUUAUGCCUUGUCUUAAAACUGUUAGCACCCCAUCCUUAACUUCAGCUUCUCUCAAUUUUCUCAUACAAAGAAUAACUAUUUCAGGCAGGUAGUAACAGUUCAUUUGUUUAUUACUGUGUGAGUAUUGUCAGUGUACGUUUUGUCAAAGUUUGUGAGUAUAAACCACAUUAUAACAUUUUGUUUUCUUGUAGUUGUUAUUAGUUUUAUGUGUUGCAAUAUUAUUUCUGAUCUAUAUAUCUUAAAAAUAUUGUUCAAACUUGUGAAUUUAUCUAUCUUUAUUAAUCUGGGGUUCAACUUUCCUCAAUCAAUUUCCUCUUCCCUGAGCGUAUGAUACCGUUUACUUCAAUCCCAAUUUAUUAAAUGGAAUUACCGGUAGAAACCUAUCGGUAUAGUCUAUAGACCUUUUGUGUGGGUUGAAAAGAUAGAUUCGUUUGUGCUGAUACCACAAUUUUGACAAAUUUUUAUACAAAUACCAGUAUCAUUUUCUAAAGAUAUCACUAAAUGUAGCCAAGCCCCGAAUAUGACCAUUUCUAAGUUAAUUUACUUACUAUCCAAAACUUUUUCAAUGCUGAGCACAAUUUUGGUAGUUUUAUGAGUUUUUGCCUAAAAAUGUAAUGGGCCAUAUUUCUGUUUCUAUGUUAUUAGAGACAAUGAAACACUAAAACUCUGAAUAUUGUAGAGAACCCAACUAUGAAACAUUUGAAAUCUCAUUUUAUUAAUUUCGAUAAUAAAUAAUUGUUGCAUGAAUGGCAUUUGUAUCCUAUAUCUUUAUGCAAUUGAUUGUAAAAGCGUUUUUGUAAUUAUUACAUAAGUCAUAAACAAUGACCCAAAAGUUCAUCUGUUCAAAAUUAUGAUGCAUAAAUACACCUUGGAUAUUUUGUUAUUUGUUGCAAAGUAUUUUCAUGUGUUAUUAGUCCUGGGCCAUACAAAUCAUCUCAUUAAUUAUUUGUUGUGAAACUGGAAACCGGCAGCCAUAAUAGUGAUAGGUGUCUGCUAAGGUUUGAUACAAUUUGUAUGUUUUAAUUUGGUAUGGCAUUCUCAAUCUCUAUUACUUUUGGUGUGAUUAGCUCUACCUUACUGUUGGGCAUGAACCUAUGGUGAAACAUAGUUAGGCAAACCUGGCACAUUCAAAUGUGAAAAGAUUACUCUUGGUAACAGAUGUGUCUGCAAUCUUUAAAUUGCAUGAUUUAUAUUAUUACUUAUUUAUUCUUGUUUUUGCAUCACUACUAUUACACUCACACUACAAUGCAGCCAUUGCUGCAGAAAUUAUCAUCAAUAACAGGAUUCCUGUUCUAUGUCUGCCAUUGGUGUGAAUAAGGAGACAGUAAUUUUAGAUCUAGUCUCUGACAACUAAAUCCUGUUCUCAUGGCAAUUUUAUCCUAUUACCAAUUUACCACAGAAGUUAGCCAAUGUGUUUUAUUGGACUUUCAAUGUUUCAGGAAGAAAAGGAAAUGCUGUAGGUAUACCAGUUUGGUGAUAAUAUGUCAUAUAUAUACAUAUAAAUGUUUGUUAUGAUUGUGAUAUUAUAUAUAUGCUGUUUUGCACUUUCAAUAAAUGUGGUUGAUAA